CAUCAACAAUGAAAGGCAGGACUGAGACGAGAGGAGAAAGUUUUCAGAUAGAGCUGCUAACAAAACUUAUUGAGCAGUUCCACUUAAGACAAGACAAGAGAUAGAAAGAGAGAGAGAGAGAGAGAGAGAGAGAGAGAUAAAGAGGAGGGCAUUACAUAAUAAAUCGGUAACAUUCGCCCGGGACCAGCACUGACUGACACUUAACUUAUUAUUAGGGUCGAACUGAUUAUAUACGCUAUAUUUUUUUUAGCUUGACCGAUUGCAUAACAUUUUAGGUGUAUAGUAUAUUUUUGAAGUCGUAUUAAUUGUUUAAGAUUUGUUUAUUUGAAUGAUUAUCAUGUAGAAUUAUGAGACCUCCGCAGCUUGUCACUCUCCUGGCGCGGAUGAUGUUGACAAAGUUUUCAGGAACGCGCUUAUCUUCAUUCUGAACGCUUUCACAACUUUCGCCUCAAAUUAUCCUCUGAUGUUUCCUGAAAUUGGAAAACUGCAGUAAACUGUUGCCAAUCACUAAUAGAGAGCUCUGCGUUCAAGUCCUCAGUAAAAGCUAUGACCUCAGCCACGCCCCCUUCUUCCCGUAGCCCCUCCCCACAGAAGGUCUGCCACUCCCAGACACAGACAGACGUUCUAAAGCCACUCCUGGGCGGAGCAGGCGGGGCUUCACCAGGAAACGGACCUGCGGCAUUGAGACGUCGUCGACGGGUGCUAUCUAAAGAUGGGCGGAGCAAUGUACGCAUCGAACACGUCACUGGCCGAGGGACGCUUUACCUGCGUGACCUAUGGACGACCUUCUUGGACAUGCAGUGGCGCUACAAGCUUUUCCUCUUUUCCGCCACCUUUGCUGGCACCUGGUUUGUUUUUGGAGUGCUGUGGUACUUGGUGGCACUUGUGCAUGGAGAUUUGCUAGAGUUUGACCCUCCAUCCAACCACACGCCGUGUGUGAUGCAAGUCCAAACUCUGACGGGAGCGUUCCUUUUCUCCCUGGAAUCGCAAACUACGAUCGGUUACGGCUUUCGCUGCAUCACUGAGGAAUGUCCACUUGCUAUCAUCCUGCUUAUUGUCCAGCUUGUCAUCACAAUGGUGAUGGAGAUCUUCAUCACUGGAACCUUCCUUGCCAAGGUAGCCCGGCCGAAAAAACGUGGUGAGACGGUGAAGUUCAGUCAGCAUGCUGUGGUCUCAAAUCACGAGGGUCGACCUUGUCUCAUGAUCCGUGUCGCUAACAUGCGUAAGAGCCUCCUUCUAGGCUGCCAGGUGACAGGUAAGCUCCUGCAGACGUCACUGACUAAAGAGGGUGAGACGGUACGUCUGGACCAGAGGAAUGUAGCCUUCCAAGUGGAUACCUCCACUGACAGUCCCUUCCUCAUUCUGCCCCUCACUUUCUACCACAUCAUAGAUGACAACAGCCCACUGCGGGCCUGGGCCGCCAAAGGUGGUGGGUGGACGGAUCCGGAGCUGGCUGACUUUGAAUUGCUUGUUAUCAUGAGCGCUACCGUAGAGCCGACCUCGGCCACCUGCCAGGUCCGCACCUCCUACCUGCCCGACGAGAUCCUGUGGGGCUACGAGUUUCCUCCUGUCGUCUCCCUCUCCCCAUCCGGAAAGUAUGUAGCUGAUUUUGCCUUUUUUGACAAGGUUGCCAAGACCAAGACCCCGCCCCUUUUUAAACAAUCCCCGCCUCCCAACACACAGUCGCCGCAAGGCCAUCAAGGCAAUGGCAGUGGAGACCAAGGGGCGGAUAUGGAGAAGAUGCGAUUGGAGGAGAGCUACCGGGAGGAAAGGGGGCGAGACAGGGGGCGUGCCCGAGACCAGCUUAGCGUCCGCAUUAGUAACGUGUAGAGAGAGAAAAACAACUUGGAUGAAUGACUGAGAGGGGGAUCUGAUGAAGAUAAAUUGCUUGAGUACUCGUUUGAUUCAGCAUUAGCCAACUUUUUUUUCGAUGCCACUGAGCUUACCUGUUUUACUAGGUAGCGUGCCAGCAGAGUUGGCUAGCGCUGAAAUACACUGGCAUACAAGCAUGAAAUUGAGAAGAGAAAGAGAGCGGCUAUGUUCGGAAGAGCACACUAGCAUACGACUCUUGCUGUUUCUGCAGUAUACAGUAUGUAUACUGUGCACAGCAUGACAUUUUUGUCUAUGAACAGAACACACAGAUUAUCUACUAUGGCAAAAUGAUUGGAAAAAUGGCAGUAAAACACCAACAAAUGUGUUUCCUUUUCACACAGAUUAUGAUUACAGGGGCACGUUAUCCAUUUAUAAAGGCUUAUUUUUGCGCAGUUCCUUACACAAUACUAUGUAAUGACCUGAAAACAUCUUUACCAUAGUACUUGAUUUGUAAACUAAUAUAUUUUGAUGUUUGCAUCACUUAGCUCCAUAUGUGUGGCUUUUCUGAUGCAGUAAACUUGCUCAGUAGCUCACUUGGUACAACAUUCACUUUGCGAUGCGGUGAAACACGAGUCACUAUAAAAGAGCUCAAAGACCUGUAGAAGCAAGCUAAAAUGGCAUCAUUGCUUCAGCAAAUGCGUUUUUUAUCUCGUUUGCUUUUUCUCACACUAUUGGUUAGGUUUAGGAAGGGCUGCUAACUUUUGAGUUUAGCUUGGAGUGAGAAUUAUGAAUGGGGUUGCAUGGGUGGUAGGUGAUAUUUGACUCAUAAGCUUGCGAUUAGGUUCAUAUCUUGAUUCAGUAUUGAUUCAUAUGGCUAAAUAUCUGAUAUUAAACUGAUAUUAAUAUUAAAGGUUAAAAUUAAUUAAUUCUUACACAUUUAAUAUAAUGACAAUUUUUAUAAUAAUGUUAUAACAUUUUUAAUGAUAUAAGAGUAAAAAUAUAAUAAAUAUGCAAUAUAGUGCACAUAUUUAAAAAACUCCGCAAACAGCGACAUGUUUCGUUCCUGAAUGAAUCAGUUGAAUUAAAAGAUUCAAUGACUCGUUCAUUAGGUGUGUUCGACUUCAAGCGGUGCUGCGCAGAUCGAUCGGCGCGAUUUGCCGCUUGUAGUCGGGGAUGGAAUUAAAAACGGAGCCGUCAAGUCGGACACUUUCUGCUUUCCUUAGCGAUGUGCGCGUGUUGUUUGCGUACUUUAUCACAGACAAAGAGUGGAUUAGAUGCAGUAUUUGUCAAAUGCACAGAUGUUUUUAGAUGUUUUCAUGAAACAACAGAAACACUUUUUAUAUACUGCUUAAAACAGUGCCAAGAAUAAUUUCAACAUAAGCCUAUUUAAAUACCAAUAAAGUGGUAUUUUUAUCAGUGUUAUUUUGAUAAACAUGACUCAAUAACAUUAUGGUUAAAUGAAGAGUUUUUACCGUUAUAAAAACACGUAUUUGUGAGCAUUAGCGGAAUUUAACUUGAUGGCAUACAUCACAGUGACAUGCCGUCAUCGCUGUCACAAGUCAGACAAAAUUUCUAACCGGCAUGCACUGCUUCAAGUCAGACGCUGAUCGGUCUGUGCAGUGCUGCAUGAAGUCGAACACGCUUAUUAAGACAGUGACUUGCCACUACCUACUGGCAAAUAUUGCAUACAUCAAAAUAGCCUAAGAAAUUGUGAUUAAUCCUUCAUAACGUAUAUACGCAGGGCCACUGUCCCUCAAAAUGUCCCUGCAACAUACCUUCUGAUGUUCAUUCAUGUUUAUUUGGUGCUAUAACUAAUAAUAAAGAGGAACACAAAUCGGUGCACAUGCCACUUGAACUGAGAUGCUACAGCGAUCUGUCACGCCAUAUUAAAGAGUUCCAAACGGUGUUUAUUCUUAGAAUUUUGCAAUAAAAUUGAUAGAAUUUGAAAGCUGAGACUUUGUUUCAUAUCAAAAUGAACCUGCUUUUUCACUGCGUGAGAAAUUGGAUGUGUGGCGCAGGGUUGCCAGGUUUUCACAACAAAACCCGCCGAGUUGCUACUCAAAACUAGCCCAAAACUAGUCCAAUCGCAUUUCAGGGGGUGUGGUCUCCUUUUGGGGGGUAAAGUCUGAAUUUUUUGCGGGGUGCACCUGGUAAAAUUCGCAUUCCAGGGGCUAAAUAUCAUGUUAUUUGGAGUUGCUUCAACCCCCGGACAUGAAAAACAACCCGCGGCAAUAGUGUUAAAGUAGACUUGGCAACACUGGUGUGGUGUGAGUACAGUGUCAACUGCAUGAGUCUCAUGCUUAAUGCGCAAGAGUUGGCAGCCCUGGGUUUAGAGUAGGUGGUAGACUUGAGUUAUUUAUAUCGCAUUAAUCUUUAAAGGCAACUACAAACAUACAUAGUCUGCUCUCUAAUCGCUCUCAUGGUACUUUGAUGUUGUACACAGAUCGGUCUGCGCAGUGCCGCUUUAAGUCAAACACACCUUAUGUUUUCAGAACUGUAAGGUCAGCAUAAUUUUAUCAUUUAUCAAAAGCUGCUUGUAGUGUAUUCAAGCUUGGCUAUAUGUUUCCAGCGCUAUGCUCAACCAGUUGAGGAACCUGUUUUCCUACUUUCUUUAUUGGAUGACGAGAAGUUAUAGGCCUAUUAAAAAUGCAAUUAAAAUGGCAAAAUAAAGCAUAUUCAUUGUUUUUAGCUAAUAACUUGCUGAACGCAAUAUGAUGAGGUCAUUUGACAGCAAUGUAGCAUACUUCUAUUUGAAAAUCAUAUCACUGCAUAAUGCACAUAGUUUCACAUGUUACUUUUAAAAAUAGUAUGCAGUACAUAGGCACAGUAUCCUGGUGUUCCAUUCCGAACAUAGUCAGAGACAUAAAUGAGAAAUACUGUAAACUACUAAACUAUUAGACCAUGUGGAAUCAAAUGAUGAUUCAGCAUAGAUCUGCUGCUUUAUACAUGACAAAACAGCAGCAACCGCUCGUACAGUAUGAUGGAGCUGCUCACUGUGAUGGACUAGUUCACCACCUUGUGGCCAAGAAUAGCAAUGCCACAGAUUUGAGACCCUUUGAGAAGAAGAGCUGAACAUUCUGUAAACUCUGAUGGACUUUACCUGAUUUUAUAAACACAAGGAUAUUGAUCUAUUUUUGCAGAAGAAGUAUGAAUUGCGAUGGACUGGAGGGUUGCAUGACAUAGACUGAAAAAAAUCAUAUUUAAACCACUGUACUGUAGUUAAUAAUAGAGCAAAGGUACAACAUUUAUAGUGAAUAACUUGUGCGUGUCUUAUUGAGAGACUGCGUUGGAAUCCGUCUGUGUGAUUUUUAUCUUUUGUCUAACAGUGCCAGUUAUAGAGCUAUUUUGGGUAAAGAUCUAGUUUUUUUUUCUCCCUAUAGUUGAUCUUUUGUCACUGGAAUAAAUGCAAUGAUGUUUGUUAACAAUACUAAAAGCACUUUAACUCGAGGAGGAGGGUUUAUUUUUGAUAUUUUCUUUUGGUCCAACUUAACUGUACCAUGGUCUGUUUUAUAUGUGAAGAGAAUAAAGAAGAGUGAAAGAAUGUAUUUUGAAUUAUAGUAAUUGAUAUAGUCAAAGUGCCUAUGAAUUAUGAAUCUUUAAUAAUAAUAAUAACAAUAAUAAUAAUAAAAUCACUGCUACUAUUAGUUAGUGUUUUGUUUUUGUUAGUAAUUUGAUCAAACCCAUGACCUUAAGUAUUGAACUUUCACACAUAAUAUCUCCUGCACUUUUUAUGUUACACGCAUGAAUGAUUCCUCAAAUCAUGCAGAUUAUUGAGGUGAAGUCUAUUCGUUUUAUGAAAUUAGUUUUAUAAGUGAUGAGAUAUAUGAUUUUAACCCUAUAUGUGAUAUAAACCAUUUAGCAAUGCCCUGUUAACCACUUAUAACUUAUUAUUAUUGUUAUUAUUAUUAUUAUUAUCAGAUGGCUUAUGUUGUUGAAAAACAAUGACUUUGGUUCAUCUUUAGCACAUUUUGCCUGUCUUAAACUGUGGCUGUAAGGAAACAUCUGUUUCAUGAAUUUCCUUUUAUGUUUAGUCAUUUUCAGAACUGGAUUUUCAUCACUUUCAUAACUGCUAAUGAUCUUAAAUGACUGUUUUUAAUAAAUGAGAAGUUUUGAAGCA